AUGGAAUCAGCCCUCGUUGAUGUCACUCCACCUGCUAACGGCACUGUAACACCUGCUGGCCCACCAAAGAAUGAGGAGGCAUUGAAGGCUGCUCGUGACGCUGGUUGGGUCCUGCCCGUGGCUCACAAUUACACAUCAAAAACUCCGGUCACCGUCCUCAAUGGAGACGAGUCUGAAGCUCAACCUGACGCUGCGCCAGCAGCUGAAGGCGACGGAGCAGAGGACAUCCCCAAGUCUAGAUACCACAGCAGCAAUUGGUCACACGAUGCUGCCAAAUAUGAGUGGAAGGAGGAGUUUGGUGAUGUCGGCCCACGAGAUGAGAAGCUCGAAAAGGAGCUGUUCCAAGGCGAGUUCAUCAAUCGUGCUGGAGCGAAGAUCGAGAACUACUCUACCGUGGAAGUCAAUGUCGAAAGCAAGACUCGUGUCAAACCCAUCUCUAAUUGGGACGACGCUGGCCUGCACCCUGUCGUGCUUGAGAACAUCAAGUUGUGUGGCUACGAGCUACCAACACCUAUUCAAGCCUACGCCAUUCCUUCCGUGAUCACCAAUCACGACAUGAUUGGCGUUGCGCAGACUGGCUCGGGCAAGACAGGCGCCAUGUUGAUUCCAGUCAUCUCCAAGCUUAUGGGCAAGGUCAAGAAAUUGGCUGCGCCUCGCCCAGGUCUGAACUUUGAUUCGAGCCGCGAUCGAGUUCGAGCUGAACCUUUGGUCCUCAUUGUCGCGCCAACUCGUGAGUUGUGCUGCCAGAUCUUCGAUGAAGCACGGCGCUUAUGCUACCGCUCAAUGCUUCGCCCCUGUGUCGUAUAUGGUGGUGCUCCUGUCCGGGAACAAGCGGCGCAGCUCGAACGUGGUUGCGAUAUUCUUAUUGCCUCUCCUGGUCGCUUGAUCGAUUUCAUGGGGCGACCAGAGCUCCUCUCUUUGGCCUGCGUCCGCUUUACUAUCAUUGAUGAAGCUGACGAAAUGCUUCAUGAGGAUUGGAACGAAGAAAUGAGCAAGAUCAUGGGUGGCGGUGAUGCAAAUACUGAUGGUGACCAUCGGUAUCUCCUCUUUUCCGCAACAUUUCCUAAGCGGUUGAAGAAGUUGGCUGCGCGGUAUCUGUCAUCCGACUAUAUUCAUGUCAGCAUUGGUCGGACUGGCAGUGUUCAUAUCAACGUUAAGCAGAAUAUCGUGUGGUGCGAUCAAGAUAAGAAGAUGAAGGCACUCUACGAACUUCUUCUCUCCAUGCCCCCAUCUCGUACCUUGAUAUUUGUCAAGUUCAAGAAGACGGCAGAUUUUGUUGACGACUACCUCUACAACCUUGGGCUGCCCUCGACCUCCAUUCAUUCGGACCGUACACAGAGUGAACGCGAGGAUGCUCUACGUUCAUUUAAGUCUGGCGUCCAGCCUAUUCUUGUUGCUACUGGUGUGACCGCUCGGGGUCUUGAUGUUCGCAAUGUGAUGCAUGUGAUCAACUUCGAUCUUCCAUCUGCUGAUCAUGAUGGCAAGAACGAGUACGUCCAUCGAAUCGCAGGUCGUACUGCACGAAUCGGAAAUGAAGGACUUGCGACGUCUUUUUACAACGAGAAAGAUGAUGCUCUUGGCCCCUUCCUCACUAAGAUCCUCCUCGAAACUCACCAAGAUGUCCCCGAAUUCCUUCAGCACUUCAAACCCGAUGGCGGUAACCUGAACUUCGAUGAGGAGGAGGAGCCUGGCUACGAUGAAGUCGCUGUAGACACAGUUGCUGGCGGUGAUGCUUGGGGGGAUGGUAACACUACUGCCGCGCCAAAUGCUGAUGUGGUCGCCGGCGAUGCCUGGGGUACUAGUGACGGUGCCAGUGCCGCAGGUGGCGGUGCGUGGUAA